ACUGGUUUUAGUUAUUGCGGUCUCGUAAUACAAAAAGACUUAUAUUCAAAAAGCGAACUCUUUCGGCAUUUAAUGGGACUGUGCUUAAAAAACUCAAGUUAUAAAAAACUGCGCUUUUUGAUUGUGUUUACGAAAAGUUUGAGUCCAUUUAUUUGCGUUUGAGAAAUAAGACCGAAUUUUUAGUCCCAUUCGGAAGCGCGUUAUUAAAAAUAAGAUUUGAUCAAUUCUUGAAAAUACGCGCCAUAUCAGGUAUUGCAUAACAGUUUUGGAAUUUCAUUUGCAGUUGGUUUCUUUGCCCUAAUUAGGGUUGGUUUCGAUUUCGUGUUUGUGAACCCUUUUAAUCUAGACCGAUCAGAAAUUGUCCUCAAAAGAAGUCUCAGUCAUCGACGAACGACUUUUAUGAUCCUGAACAAUUGAAACGCCACGUUAUCGCAUCGUGUCUAUACUCAAUUCAGUAGCUUUCUUUUGCUUGUUUCUAAAAAAAGCAAAUUUAACAACUUUUUUGAGCGCCAGCGAGUUAUUAUUUUAUAAAACAGGCUAUCUGAAAAUUUCUGCUUCUGUUUCAAAUUUGACAAAAUGGUCGAAGACACUAAAACUCCUAGAACCACGAACAAAAAUGUAUCGACCAUAGCUUCCAAAUGGGCCGACUUUCAACUCUUCCUCUGGAACAAGGAGAGGAAAGAAGUUGCAGGACGAACUGCCAGGAGUUGGGCCGAGAUCACGUUGUUCUUCAUCGUGCUGUACGUGUGUCUGGCUGUUUUCUGGGUCGGACUGCUCUACCUGGUCCAGCUGAGACUGCCUUCAGUCGAAAAUGGACCCCUCUACUCCGACUACCUCACUCACAGAGGGCCAGGUUUGCACGUGAUUCCACCUGCUAAUGCCAUUGGGCGGGACAAACAGAAAGUCUACUUCUACGAUGAAGCCAACCAGUACAAACAAAACAUAUACGAUUUCAUUUCUGAGCACAGUGAGAAUGAUGGAAAGUCGGAUGAUAGCAGGUGGGAUUUAUGUGACGAGAAGAGAGUGAAUGGAUCCUGGGACGAAUACAAGCCGUGCUUCUUCUUCUACCUAAAUGCAGUUCACAACUUCGUCCCACAGCCCCCAGAAGAAGACGGAACAGUAACUAUACAGUGCAAACCUGCGCACAGUGAGAAUGAUGGAAAGUCGGAUGAUAGCAGGUGGGAUUUAUGUGACGAGAAGAGAGUGAAUGGAUCCUGGGACGAAUACAAGCCGUGCUUCUUCUUCUACCUAAAUGCAGUUCACAACUUCGUCCCACAGCCCCCAGAAGAAGACGGAACAGUAACUAUACAGUGCAAACCUGCGAAACCCAAAUACGAGAAGUUCUUUUUGGGUUCACAUUCGUUCCCGAAGGAUGGCUUCAACUUGGACAAGUUCCCCUGGAAGUAUGGAAUGGAUUGGAUGAGGGAGGCACCAGUUGUCGUUGUCCAGAUAGAACUGAAUAAAGAGGAGAUGGAGAAAAAAGAGGAGGAUGCCAGAAUAGUGUGCAGCGCCAUAGCUAAAAACAUCUACUUGGACUCAGAGAAACCAAACAUUGGCUCAGUAGAUUUCAGAAUCAGACUGCCGUAAAGAAGAGAAAGAAUAGAAAGCUCCGAGGAUUGUGUUCCUAAACGAGGACAUAACGCAGGACAAAAACUGUUCAAUAUCUUACCCGAGUAUUAUUAGCUUCGAUUUCUCUCUAAUCCGUCCUGUAAUGAUUUAUACUGAGUGAGGAAGUGUUUCCUUGGGCUAAGUUUAUUAAAAAUUUUUUUACAAAGUCUAUUUAAUAAAGCAUUUUUAUUCGGAAAAUUGAUACUCAUUUACAAAGAAAGAUGGAGGAGGGUCUUAACUUUGCAACAUUGCUCAUAUUUAAUUUUGUCGGAAUUAAUUCUGAACGUAUCUGAACUUAUCUUAACUAACUCUGAAGCUAUUGCAGUUUACAAACAUUCGAGAACUUGCUUGUUGUCAUCAUUUGCUUUGUAGGAUCAAAUGAAGGCUUCACUUU